AUGGCUAAUAGCAGUGACGUUGAUGCACUCAAAGGCAGUUGGGACUAUGUUGAUAAUGAAAAUUUCGAUAAUUACAUGAAAGAACUUGGCGUCGGUAUGGUUAUGCGUAUGACUGCUAAAACUGUCAAACCACGUUUGAUAAUCAGUGAAAAUGAUGGUAAAUGGACAAUGAGGACUGAAAGCAGUAUCAAAACGAUGUCUUACGAUUUCGUACCUGAUGUCGAAUUCGAUGAAACAUCUGCUGAUGGACGCCAUCUCAAAUCAACCAUAACCUUUGUUGGUAACAAAUGGAUACAUACUUCAAUCGAUAAACAUGGUAAGAAGUCCGUUGUUACUCGUUAUAUCGAUGACAAAGGUCAACAUAUGAUCGAAAUGGAAUGUGGUUCAGUCAAAGCUCGCAGAUGGUACAGACGUGUCGCAUAG